GCGCUGUGUGCCGCGCCCGCCCGCCCCCCCACCCCCCCGCCCCCCGGGCCAUGCCGCUGGUGCGCCACCGCAAAGUGCUCAUCCUCGGGUACCGCGCCGUGGGCAAAACCUCCUUGGCCCACCAGUUCGUGGAGGGGACGUUCAUGGAGUGCUACGAGCCCACGGUGGAAAGCACCUACAACAAGAUGGUGGUGGUGGGGAAGGAUGAGUUCCAACUCCAGCUGGUGGAUACAGCCGGUCAGGACGAGUACACCAUCCUACCCCACUCCUUCGUCAUCGGCAUCCACGGCUACGUCCUGGUGUACUCGGUGACAUCCCUGCGGAGCUUCCAGGUGGUAAAGACCCUUCACAACAAGCUGUAUGAGAGCCGGGGGAAGACGCGCAUGCCCGUGGUGCUGGUGGGGAACAAGGCAGACCUGUCCCUGCAGAGCCGGGAGGUGAAGACAGAUGAAGGGAAGAAGCUGGCGGAGUCGUGGGGGGCCAUCUUCCUCGAGUCCUCGGCCAAGGAGAGCCAGGUGACCCAGGGGAUCUUCACAAAGAUCAUCGAGGAGAUCGACCGGGUAGACAACUCCUAUGGCAGAUCGACUGGCUGCUGCCUGAUGUGAGCCCUGCCUGGGGCAGACCCCCGGGAUGGGGCAGACCUCUCACGGGACCUUCCCCCAGACCACGGUGGUGGCUUUGGGGGUGCGUCUGGGGCCACAUGGUCCCACUGUCAUACGGGACCCCUCACUUUGCACAGUCUGUGGGGCUCAUGAGGGGCUGGGAGCGGGGUGGGGGUCCCGUCCCAGCCGGGGAGCACCCCCUUCUCAUAGCUGCUGUCCCCCCACUUGCACAAGGGGCUGUUCCCCCUCCGGCUGUGGGGAGCCGGGGCUGAAUGCGGGUGUUGUUCCGGACAGGGGGGCCGUGGUCUGGCUGUGCCGCGCUGGCAGCCACCGCUCGUGGGAGUCAGGGCCGCGGGACUGGAACAAUUAAAUGUUGUUUUGUCUGUGAA